GGCGCCGUCGCUGCACUUCCGGGCGCCGUUCAAGGUGAGGCAGGGGCUCCCUAAACCCCCUUACUCUUGCUUUUCCCAGAAAUUAGGGACCUUCCUACCCCACUCACAGAGCUGGCAGUCUGGCGGGCCCAGUACCCUGUCAAGGUUUCCAGCCGGAGGCCGGACAGCCAUCGGAGGAGGCAAAGCCAUCUGGACGUCUGGGUCCCAGCGAGGCCCAACCGCCUUAAGACCUCGCGCCUCUGCCCUGCUGAGCCGGGGAGGUCGCGCUUCUCGUCUGGUUAUCCUGGGUGUCCGGAAGCGGAGUACGAUUCAUAAGUCCCCGCCAGGCGGCGCCGUCAGCCUGGCCUGGAUUCCCCUGUGGCUGUGAGCCUUGGCCACCCCAGGGGUGUUGAAAUUGGCGAGCAGAGAGGAGAAGCGGGCUGUCGGAAAGCAGUCUACCACUUGGAAUAACUUUUCCCCUGGAUUGUGUUUUCCAUCAUUAGGAUCUCCUGAAGUACAUAUACAAAUUCUUAUGCUCCACCCUCAAAGAUCCUGAUUCCGGGGAUCUCGGGUGACGUUUUUUUAUUUUACUUUUGGCUGCCCUGAGUCUUCCCUGCUUUGCGUGGGCUUUCUUUCCUUGGAGUGAGUGGGGGCUGCUCUUCCUUGCAGUGCCUGGUCUCAUUGUGGUGGCUUCCCUUGUUAGGGAGCACUGGGCUCUAGAGUUCAGGCUCAGGAGUUGUGGUGCACGGGUAUGUGGAAUCUCCCCGGACCAGGGAUCCCGCCCGUUUCCCCUGUGUUGACACGUGGAUUCUUAACCACUGGACCAUCAAGGAAGUCUGAAAGUCAGCAUUUUUAAAACACCCACUCCAGGUUGAUGCCGGUAGUCUGCACACCUCACUUUCAGAAACUCUCAUAUAACUGAUGGAGAGGAACACUACAUUGGGUUGGUUAUGGGACUGUUUAUCUUCUGGAGAGCUUCCAAGAGGAAGUGAUUCUAACAGGGCUUUGUACUGAGAGACUAGAAUAUCUACUGGUUCUUUGCCUCACAGUUAUGAAUUCCCUCUCCUGCCACUACCAGGAUGCAGAAGAUCUCAGUGCUGCUUUUCCUGGCCUGGGAAAACGUGUGGUCUUCAUGGGAGAUGAAACCUGGAAUGAUCUUUUCCCUGGAGUUUUCUCCCAAGCUUUAUUCUUCCCAUCCUUCAAUGUCAGAGACCUAGAGACAGUGGACAAUGGCAUCAUGAAACACCUCUACCCAACCAUGGACAGCGACAAAUGGGAUGUGCUGAUUACUCACUUCCUGGGUGUGGAUCACUGUGGCCACAAGCAUGACCCUUACCAUCCUGAAAUGGCUAGGAAACUUACCCAAAUGGAUAAAAUGAUACAGGGACUCGUGAAGCGUCUGAAGAACGACACACUGCUGGUGGUGACUGGCGACCAUGGGAUGACCGUCAGUGGGAACCAUGGAGGAGACAGUGAGCUGGAAACCUCAGCUGCGCUUUUUCUUUAUAGUCCCAGAGCUCUCUUCCCCAGUGCUCCUGCAGAGGAGCCAGAGAUAAUUCCUCAAAUCAGCCUUGUGCCUACGCUGGCUCUGCUGCUGGGCCUGCCCAUCCCAUUUGGAAACAUCGGGGAGGUGAUAGUUGAGGUGUUCUCAGAGAUUGAAGACUCCCAGCCUCGCUCCUCUGCUCUGGCCCAAGCCUCAGCUCUGCAUCUCAAUGCCCAGCAGGUGUCCCGAUUUCUUCACACCUACUCAGCCACUGCUCAGGACCUUCAAGUUCAGGAGCUGCAUCGAUUGCAGAAGCUCUUCUCCAAGGCUUCUGCUGACUACCAGCGACUUCUGCAGAGCCCCCAGGGGGCUGAGGCAGCGCUCCAGACUGUGAUUCCUGAGCUGCAGCAGUUCCUGCGGGGAGUUCGGGCCAUGUGCAUUGAGUCUUGGGCUCGUUUUUCUCUGCUCCGCAUGGCAGGGGGUGCUGCUCUUCUGGCUGCUACCUGCUUUCUUUGCCUACUGGUAUCCCAGUGGGCAUCAUCCCCAGCCUUCUGUUUCGGCCCUCUCCUAAAACCCAUGGCCUCGGGUCUGAGUGGGGCCAUGGUGUGUGCUGGACUCCUGGCAUCUACUGGGCUGAAGCUGGAUUCCGUGGUUCUAGGGGUCAUGGCUGCAGUGGGCUCACUCCUCCCUUUUCUGUGGAAAGCUUGGGCGAGCUGGGGAUCAAAAAGUCCCCUGGCAUCUCUCCUUCCCAUGCCCGGGCCAGUCCUGUUACUCCUGCUCAUUCGCUUUGCUGGUUUCUUCUCCGAUAGCUAUAUUAUAACCGAGGCCAGGGUUGCCCCCUUCCUUUUGAUCUCACUCACCUUGCUCCUAGUUGCUCGACUUCACUGGGAGGGCAAGCUGCUGCCACCUAAGCUACUCUCAAUACCUCGCCUUGGCUUUUUGACUCCAACAGGCCCCCCGCAAUACAGUGCCAUGCAUGCCAUGGGACUUGGAGUUGGGUUGCUUUUAUGUGUAAGGCUAGCUGGACUUUUUUAUCGCUGCCAUGAAGAGACACCUGUUUGCAGCUCCUCUCCUUUGCUGAGUCCCUUGCGAUCCACAGUGGAUGGUCGAGCCAAGAAUUUGUGGUAUGGAGCUUGUGUCGGGGCUCUGGUGGCCCUGUUAGCCUCUGUGCGGCUGUGGCUUCGCUGCUAUGGUAAUCUCAAGAGCCCUGAGCCCCCUGUGCUCUUUGUGCGCUGGGGGCUGCCCCUAAUGGGACUGGGCACUGCUGCCUACUGGGCAUUGGCAUCAGGGGCAGAUGAAGCACCCCCACGUCUCCGGGCCCUGGUCUCUGGGGCGUCAGUUAUGUUGCCUCGGGCUGUGGCAGGGUUGGCCGCUUCAGGGCUCAUGCUGCUGCUCUGGAGGCCUGUGACAGUGCUGGUGAAGGCCACAACAGGUGCUCCAAGGACCAGGACUGUCCUCACUCCCUUCUCAGGUCCCCCCACUUCUCAGGCUGACCUGGAUUAUGUGGUUCCUCAAAUCUACCGACACAUACAAGAGGAGUUCCGGGGCCGGCUAGAGAGGACCAAGUCUCAGGGUCUGCUGACGGUGGCUGCCUGUCAGUUGGGGAGCGUCUACUCAGCUGCUGUGGUCACGGCCCUCACCCUCUUGGCCUUCCCACUUCUGCUAUUGCAUGCAGAGCGCAUUAGCCUUGUGUUCCUGCUUCUGUUUCUGCAGAGCUUCCUUCUCCUGCAUCUGCUUGCUGCCGGGAUACCCAUCACCACCCCUGGUCCUUUUACUGUGCCGUGGCAUGCAGUCUUUGCUUGGGCCCUCAUGGCCACACAGACCUUCUAUACCACCGGCCACCAGCCUGUCUUUUCAGCUAUCCAGUGGCAUGCAGCCUUCGUGGGAGUCUCAGAGAGUCAUGACUUUACCUGGCUCUCUGCUUUCCUGGUGGGAGCCAACACCUUUGCCUCCCAUAUUCUCUUUGCAGUAGGUUGCCCGUUGCUCCUGCUCUGGCCCUUUCUGUGUGAGAAUCAAGGAUCCCGGAAGAGGCGGCAGCCCCCAGGAAAUGAAGCUGAGGCCAGAGUCAGGCCUGAGGAGGAGCAGGAGCCACGGAUGGAGAUGCGGCUCCGGGAUGCACCCCACCACUUCAGUGCAGCACUGCUGCAGCUGGGCCUCAAGUACCUCUUUGUCCUUGGUAUUCAGAUUCUGGCCUGUGUCUUGGCAGCCUCCAUCCUCCGCAGGCAUCUCUUGGUCUGGAAGGUAUUUGCCCCCAAGUUCAUUUUUGAGGCCAUGGGCUUCAUUGUGAGCAGCGUGGGACUUUGUCUAGGCAUAGCUUUGGUGAUGCGAGUAGAUGGUGCUGUGAGCUCCUGGUUCAGGCAGUUAGUUCUGACCCAGCAGAAAGCUGGAGAACAAUCUAGCCUGGUCUAUACGGGUGCUGGAUCAUCUGCAAGAAAGGCUCAGCCACACCUCUUACCACCAUGCAGCCAGGACCUACUGGCAUCUGGGACUUCAUUAUUUUAUAAUUCAAGAUCAUAGUAGAGCCUAAUUCCUAACUCCUGCAUUGGAUACAUCUGAGCAACUGAGGGGCUGUCUCCAAAGUGGAAUAAAAUAAUAAUGUAAAUA